UUCUAGUAUGGUCACCAAGUAGUUAAGUAGUUAUUGCCUUCUAGAACGGUGCUUUUUUCUUUCUUUUUCUCCUUUCCACGGCACUUCCGCCACUUGUGUUGUGAGGUUGCGAGGGUGUAGAAAUGUGCUGCAGGUGAUUCAUUAGGGAGGUGCGAAUUGGGUGUAUGGGUGGCUGAAUUGGAGGGGGGGGGACGGGGACGCGGUUCACACCAGGACAAACUGCUUACUCCUCUUGAAAUCUGGGCAACCAGCCACAAGUCAGCAGGGCAUAAUUUUCGAGGAUCUCCAUGGUUCUCUUUCAUGGUCCUCCUCCACGGUAUCACUCUCACUUAGCUUUGUUCCAACACAUGAGUGACCGGUCCCCAGACUUUACAUCCUUACAUCCUUCUUCUUGAAAAGUUCAAACCUUGUGAGUAAUGAUAGGCUGCCGAUCUGUUCAACUCUGUUUUUUUUUUUUUUUGGUCUGAAUACUGGCUACCAUCUAGUCCAUAAGGGAAUAAUGAGAGGACCUACCUACUUGAGGUCCACUCUGACGCAGUGCUCUGUCUCCGUCUUUCAAGAUGUGAAAUUCAUCGCCAGUCCGCCGUCCAUGGUGGCUGCGGGAAGCGUGGCGGCGGCGGUCCAGGGGCUGCACCUCAAGAGCACGGACAGCAUUCUGUCAUCGCAGAACCUCACCGACUUCCUGUCGCAGGUCAUCAAGAGCGACCCGGACUGCCUGAGGGCGUGUCAGGAACAGAUCGAGUCCCUGCUGGAGUCCAGCCUGCGGCAGGCCCAGCAGCAGAGCCACGGCGCCUCCACGGACACUAAGGCCGCCGGAGAUGAGGCGGACCUCUCGUGCACACCCACGGACGUGCGGGACGUGAACAUCUGAGCAAAAAGCCUGGUUGAGGCCCGGCCAUCUCCGGGGGCCUCAGCGAGAGGCUUAACCAGGGAGCUGCGCCCAGCUGCCGGCCCUCGACCGGCGCUCCCUCUCCUCCGCUCUCUCAGCAGCCCAGGGAUGUGACGUGCCCACAUUUCUCCAGGACGUCUGGGCAUCCAAGAAGGGAUUAAACGGCCCCCCCACAUGCCUAUCACCUUUGCUCCCUCUUUGUUUGGCAAAAAAAAACCAUCACGAAAAAGAAAAAAAGUUCAAAAUAACUAAGAAAAAAAAAGAGAGAAAAAACCCUAUACAUGCCACUUACAAAUAUAUGCCACAAAAACAGACAUUUCAAUCCAAGUAAAUAAUCGAGUAGUGCUUUAAACUACAGACAGUUCGUGCCGAAAAAAAAAAACAAAAACAAAAAAACAAGGAAAAGUGAAAUGAUGAAUCUGGUUUUGUAUCCAGACUGUGUAUAAUAUAAUUUUUGUUUCAAUGGCAGAAAACCAUUUAUAAAAGAGAAGAUGCAUUGUUUGUCCUUGAUUAGUACAAUGUUACAGCUUCAGCUGUUCUACACUCAAUGCUAAUGUGUCUGCUAGCGUUUGUGUUUAGUCACUUUAAUAUAUUGUCUAGGCUUUUUGAAUCUCGAGUCCUAAAGCAUUUGCCAUCUUCUCUUUUUACAAUGGUGGAUGUAACCAUGUAUUGUACUCUUGUUUAGCAUACAUUACAUUAUACUAUUAUUCCUUUAAAGUCUGUGGAUUGCAGAAACUUCCAGCUUGUGAGGUAUAGCAAGUUAUACAGCCAACAUAACACCAGUUAACUGCUCAUUUUUAAGUAUAGCAAGUGCAUGUAUGAAAGAAGCUAAAGAAUAGUUUUGUUGGCAUAGACAUGAUGUCAUAAAGACUACUGUAGCUAGCAAUCAAUAAGCUGAUAUACACCUUAAAUCCGUAUAAAGCCCUUGUUUAGUCCACAGUCUUUAAAAAUAAUUAUUUUUUUUCUGUGGAUUAUUCUGUCUUAGUUUCUAAAACCAUUCCAUUUAAAAGCACUUUCAGUCAAUUGCAUAUUACUAACUCUUUUGAAAACUAUGUGGAAAAUUCUCAGACGAAUGGAAUGGUUUUUUGCGAUUGUUUCCACAAUAUUAAGAUCAGGUCCUUAUAACUAUGGUGUUAUUCAUUAAGAAAGGACGCGGUGAAGAUGCAUGCCUUAGCGAAUGUGAGCGCCAGGUUUCAGAGCUGGAAUUAUUUUUUUUGUCAUUGUGUCUUUUUGCAAAGAUAAGGAAAGGUUUUUUUUUCAGACGGAAUGAGCCAUCUUCAUCAGUAGGGUCUAUAACGAUGCUUGUUGUUGACGAUUCUGGUCAGCAUCGCGUUUCCCAUUUCUUGAAUUGCAUCCGAAGCAUUACGAAACACUAAUAGCAUAAUUUAUAGUUCAGCAUUAAGAAUUAUUUAUAUUUUCAUUUUAGUGGCCAGUAUGGAAUACGAAAGAACGAUUGGUCUUUCUUAGUGAUUAUUUAAACUUUUCUAAGAGCAUGAUUGCUAACAGAGCAGGGAGUGAAUUCAUUAAAUCCCAGAAUUGCUAAUUCCAGAUCAGUAGGUCCUACUUACAGUACACUGAAAGUGAACAGGAAGCAAAUUUGUGUAUAUAACUGGUUUUUCUGAGGCAAAACAAAAUGUAAACAGCGUCAAUAAUUGUGAUUAUACUAAUAAUGCUCUAUCGGUUUCCCAUCUUUAAACAUGAACUGGUAGUGGCUGUCAGAAGAUUUUGCACAAACUCGAAGAUGUAUUGUUGCAUAUUUCUAGAGGGACGUGGAGGAUAACGCUGCAAGGAGGAUUAAUUGAAGUAGCUGAGGUGAUGGCAUAAUGUAAGUGAGUAACUGUCGAAUCAAAGUGUUGAUUGUAGGAAAACAAUGAGAAUCGGAGUGUACACUCCUUAUUGAGCUGCUAUGGAGAAAUUCCCAGCGACAUAAGAUGACUUUAACAUGAGAAAAAAACAGACAAAAAAGAAACAAUGCUUUUUUUUCUUAUCUAAAUGUUUUGCUGCUAUUUUUGUGAUCAUGUUUUAUUACAAUGUCAAUAUACUGCCAUGUAAUAGGUUUUAAUUUUCUCAUAGAAAAUUAUGAUAUUGACAUCGUUGUCAUUUUUGUAGUUCGUUUUUAUGUGAUCAGUUUUUACUUAAUGUGAUUUCUGCGCUAUUCCAAAAAAAAAAGAAAAAAAAAGAGAUAGACAGCGGUUCCUGUUUUUUUCACAAUACCUCAUGCUAAAGACAAGAUCUGUUGUUAAUUUAGUCCGGGUUUUUUCAUUUUUUUGUUUUUAAUUCUAUUUUAUUUUAUUUGUCUGUUCAGUGCCUAAUAGUUCUGUUUUUAAACUGCAAAUCCAUAUGCAUUUAUCAUUUUCCGAAUGGGUCCUGCAGGGAGCGAGUAGAGAUCAUUGAUUAAAACUGGUGCCAUAACAAAUCUGAUAAUAUAACUCUUUGAGUUUUAAGCUGUUUCAUUGAAAGAGACUGUAUCACCCCAAUUUGGCCAUUGGUGGCCACAUUUUAUAUAUUUAUGAAGCUUUUGUACAAAUUUAAAGCCAAUAUGAUAGAAUUUUUAAAAUGGCAUGUUUACUUUAAAAGCCAUAGUAUAUUUACUGAUAGUAAUUUAACAUAGCUCUGAUUCAAAGUGUGUCUGGUAUCAUCUUGUCUUCACUGCAAAAUGACCGGAGACCUGCCAUUUUUUAAUCAAAUGUAUUUACUGCACAAUAAAUUUGAAGUAGAUAUGUUUAAAACACAGACUUUUUUUUCCUCAUACCUAUACUGGGAUUUUAGUUUUGUUCUUUCUCGUAGCUCCUAUCUAUCAGUUUUCUUGUUUGCCUCAGGCCUUUCUGUGUCAAGAGAGGAAUUAUCAAAAAAAAAAAAAAAAAAAAAACACCAUCUCUCAAAAGCAAAUAAUCCCUCUCCAAUAUGAGCUCAUUUAGCCAUAGACUUGAUGCUGCUAUACAUUCAUCUCCAAGAGCAUAGAGGGUAGGCGGGUAGAACAUUUUUUUUCUGCAGCUAUCGGCUGCUAGGUAGGGCUACUAGCAAACCCAGGACCCAGGAGGACAGAAUAUUUUAUUUUAUGUCCAGCACAGCAAUGUAUGUUACCUCAAAAAAGGAAAAAAAACAACUGAAAAAAUAACAAUCUUUGUUGAAGCCCUUUUGUUCAUGAAAAAAAAUUGAAAAUAAUAUGGAAAAACAGUAUGAAAAUAUGAAAACAUCACCCAGUAAUCAGUGGGGCAUGCAGAUUAGCAUAAACGUUACUACCCAUUCUUUGUGUGGAAGCUUGUGCCCUUUAAAAUGACCUGACUGGUCCGGAUGAGAAAUCUGUGAGUUGUUGUCUGCAUGUCAGAUUUUGCUUGUUGCUGACGUGUCGUUCCUCAUUAGAGUUCUCCAUGUUCUGAAACAAUCUUUAUUAUGGCCAAAUGCCGACUGGGGGCCCAAAAAACAUUGAGUUGACUUAUAUAUCUGUGAUGUCUUGUCCAUUCUUUGUUACAGUUGGUCUGAAAUGCACAAUCUUUACCCACAGACCGUGACAUAGUCUUGUUUCAAGCAACACCCUACUCUAGAAUUAAAAAAAAAUAAAAUCCA